AUUAUUAGCCGACUAGUGUUUUAAAAAUGUAUUGAUUUGUUUAAUAAUAUAUCAAAUUAAACAUGGAGCUUUAUAGACUAGAUUACACAUUAUUAGGCAUGGUUUCUUCUAAUUGCAUGAAAGUUUUGCCAAUUUCUCAAAAUGAUGAAGCUGAAAAGAAGACUCAAAAAAUCAUUGUUGGCGAUCAAGAAGGAAUUGUUCAAAUGUUUCAAGUCCGCAAAGGAAAAAUUAAUAUGUUAUUCAAAACACUACCUUUAGAAAAAAUAACUGCAGUUUGUUUAGGAGGAACUUUUGGUACUGUUCAAGAUAAAAUAUUUUUGUCAAUGGGUACAUCUGUUCGUGGUUAUACUAAAAAGGGUCGAAUGUUUCUUAGUUUUGAUACUGGAUUAUUGGAAUCAAUUAAAUGCAUGUAUGUUACUGGAAGUGAACUUUUGGUAUCAGGAAAACAUAUAUUUAGUCACUUUAAUGAUUGCAAAGAUAUUAGCACAUAUUUAUGUCCAGAAGUCAUUAAUAGUAUUAUAACAUUAGAUGUAAUAAAGAUGCAAGGUAUAAUGCCUAUUUUAGCAUGUGCAGAUUUAUGUAUUAGAAUACUUGAAGGUUCAACUGUAAAAGAAACAUUUUAUUUGUCAUCAGAACCGACUUGUUUGCAUUUAAUGAAAAACAAUGGAGGUUCGCAUGGAAAUGAAUUAUUAGUGGGACUGCAAAACGGUCACAUUGUACUCCUUAAAAUAGAAAAAAAUGCUUCUACUAGUAUUCUUUGGGAACUUAUAACUCAAACAAAACAAGGAGCUAUAACAUGUAUUGAUUGUUAUGAAUUUAACGGAGAGGAUCAUCUUUUAAUUGGCCGUCAAAGUGGUUUGGUUGAAGUUUAUUCGUUAGAAUCACAUUCUGUUCCUAUUGAAAAAUAUAAAUAUAGUUGUUCAGAAAGUAUAACUUCAAUUCAAGGUGGAGUUAUAAGAAAUUUUGAUAUUCCAGAAAUUAUUGUUACAACUUUUACAGGUUGGCUUUUUGGAUUAACUUUUGUUGAUCAACAUAUUGAUAAAGAAAUUGUAUUAGAAUCAUCAAACAUAAUUUUAAAUGAUGAAAAACAAAAAAUAUUAGAUAUAAGGAAUGAAGUAAGUGAUUUGGAAAGACAAGUUGCUAUAGAAAGAAACAAAUAUUUGGAAUUUACCCAAAAAAGUUCAAGACCCUCUGUUUUACCUCAUUUAGCUAUUAAGAAUUCUAUGUUUUUAGAUUCAGAAAACUUAAUUUAUCAUUUAAUAAUUGAACUAGAAGCCACUAUUGAUAAUGUUUUAUUGCAAUGCGAUUGUUUAAUUAAUUUGAUUGAUAUUGAAAAUAAUAAUAAUGCUGUUGUGAGCAAGAGUAAAUGUAAUGAGGAGGAUAAUAAUAAAUUAUUAGUAACAUAUAGAUGUCAAUUAAAUACAACAAAAUUAGAAUUGAAAAUGUGGUCACAUGAAGGUGAUCAUGGAACUUUAACUGUAUAUAUUACACCUCUAUUACAACCUAAAUGUUGUCAAGUCUGUAAAUUUCCUAUUAAACCACUUUUAUAUCAUCAAAGAACUAAAAAAAAUAUAGUCUAUCAGCCCCAGAGUUUUUUGACACUAUCUGGUGGGUUUAGUCUUUCAGAAGCUCAUUUAUGGAUUUCAAACUGCUUGCCAGGAUUCCCUGAAAAACCAGCUUCUCAAGAAAACUUAGAAUAUUCUUUUGAAUCAAUAAUAUUAGAUACGGUUUUAUUGUGUGCAUAUAGUCGGGGAUCAAUAACCAUAAAAACUGAUAAUAUUACUGCGAUUGCAAUCCUCAAGGACAACUUUAGUAGGGAUGCUACAAAAAAAAAUAUCAAAUUGGACAUGACUUAUGAAAUAUCGGAAGGUAGUUUAAUAUUGAUGAUUGAUGCAAUUGUUUCUAAAUUGAAAACUGACAUAAAAAAUGACAAAACAUUAAAGCUUAUUAAUGCUAUAAAACAACUAUCAGUCAAUCCUAAUACAAAUGGAGAAUCACUCACAAAAGAGUAUUUACUGAUGAUUUCCAAUGAAGACAAAUUGAAACAAGAAGCAUCUCAAAAACCAUCACGCAUGCAGCGUUUACAAGCUAUUAUGUUGGCAUUGUUUGACGAUUGGCAUAAAUUGAAAGGGUUAAAUGUGAAGCCUAACUCACGAGAGGAUUUAUAUGAAGCUCUACAGACAAGCAAUACUUUGGAUUCAUUAAUUAGCAUGUUUGAACUUUAAAUGUUAUCUAAUUAAUUUAAUAAAGUAAUAGAGUUGUACCAAAUACUCCUAUGAGUAAUCAUUAUAAUUUUAUUUUAUUUAUAAUUCAGCUACUAUUACUAUUUAGCACUUGAUAAAAUUAAGGAAAAUUUUGAGAAAGCACAAACUACACCCGGACGAAAUUCGGUAUUUAACUAAUUAUAUACAUACAUAUAUAUAUAUAUAUAUAUAUAUAUAUAUAUAAAUGCGUAAGUCAAAUAUCACUUCCUCCCUGAU